AUGGGGGGCCAACGUUCGGGGGACGAGCUACUGGUGGUGGGAGUAUCUCUAACUGGCAAGAGGCAGCUUGUUUUAGCGAACGGAAAAAAUGGAAAUAGAGUCCUUGGUUCACAAAGUAGUUUUGCAUUGAAUGGAGAAGAGCAUUUGGGAAGUAAUUAUGACAGAUGUGUCUUUAAUGAGGAAAAGAAUUUCAAGUUGGAAUUACAGCAAUCAGAUGAUGAAUCGUUGUCCGGGGGAGAUUUCAAUGUCAGAGAUCUAGAGGUGUAUCUUGUUAAGGAAUGGAAAAUUCCUGCAAAAAGUGUAGCAACUGCUCAACCUUGGAGAGAAGUGCCCCUCUGGAAUUCCCCGUCUCUCCUCUCCCUUCAAGAUUACGUAUCGAAAUAUCAUCCUAUUGAAGAUACAAGUGUAACCAAUGUAAAUAUUUUACUGCUUGGUGAAGUUGGAGCUGGAAAAUCGAGUUUUUUCAAUACCAUUAACUCAAUUUUCCGUGGAGAAAUCACAUCACGGGCAUGUGCAGGAAGUUCCAAACACAGUUUGACAACAACGCUAAGAAAGUACAGAGUUCGGGACCCGAGUUCCGGUCAGUAUCUGAAUCUAAGACUGUGUGAUAUGCGUGGAUUAGAAGAGAGCGAAGGCGUCAAGACACAAGAUAUUGCCUUGGUUUUAGAUGGCAACAUUCCGGAACAUUACCAGUUUAACCCAGCCUCUCAUGCUACACCUAAAUCUCCUGGAUUUAAACGAGAUCCUGAACUGCAGGACAAAGUCCACACGGUGGCCUUUGUGAUAGACGCGAGUACCAUCAACGUUAUCAAUACUGCAGUCAUCCACCAAAUGAAGGAAAUCCAGAGCUUGAUUAUUGAGAGGGGUAUACCACAGGUCAUCUAUUUGACAAAGCUUGACAAAAUCUGUACUGAUAUUGACAAUGACGUAAAACAGAUCUUCAUGAGUAGCGCUUGCAAACAAGCAGUGGAUACGGUUGCUGACGUCAUAGGAGUUCCCAGAUCGCAUGUUUUUCCCGUCAAGAAUUAUGAGAAAGAAAGUCGACUUCACACGCCAAUCGAUAUUUUGGCUCUCUCAGCAUUGCGCCAAACUUUGGUAUUUGCGGAUGACUAUUUAGAAGACUAGAGUGAAAUUGCAGAAAGAAUGUCUAUACA